CCCACCAGCCGUCAUGGUUACAUGUCACGUGGCUAGUAACAUAAACACAUUUUCUAGGGAAGCAUUGGAGGAGUAAGCUAAUUACGAUACCUUAAAAGUUGUUCUUUUCUUUUUUUUAACUUGCUUUUAACCAUACCGUUGGGAUGUGAGGACGAUGGCAUUAGCUAUUAAUUGCAAUAUGACGCGUUUUAGCAAAGUUUCAGUCAGUGGAGCGUUAUGUCCAGAAGGGAAAACUCCGACAAGUCAAAAGUGGAGAGCUGUCCCUGUCCGCUGAGCUGAGAAUGGGUGCAAGCGCUUCAUUAUCCCUCUGUAGUGAUCCAUCUUCAGUGAGAAUCUUGAAGCCCAGCGCUAAGGUCAGCCCAGAGCUCAUUGUUCCUGCUCAGGUUUCAGAGUCUGGAGCGUUGCCUAGACGUGUAUUUGGUGUUUCCCUGGAAACUCUUAAAGAGGAUGGGCAGAUGGCCUGUGGAAUACCUCAUGUGUUAAGAGAAAUGGUGGAGUUUCUGGGAAAGAAUGGACUGCAUCACAGGGGUCUGUUUCGCUUGUGUGGUUCUGUGGUGCGAAUCCGGCAGCUGAGGCAGCAGUGGGAUUGUGGAGAAAAGGUGGACCUGGAGCAACAGGGGGAAGUCUCCACUGUGGCUUCACUACUCAAACUCUUCCUAAGAGAAUUGCCCGUUCCUGUAGUCCCUGAGCCUCAGCGUAAACAACUGGUCCGGUGCCUAACAGGCUGUGCAGACAAACCAGAACUGAACCAGAGACUGAGAGAAAACCUCAACCACCUCCCCUGCUCCAACCUCCAUAUUUUGUCUUACCUCAUCCACUUUCUGUGCAGAGUGGCUGCUCACAGCCAGUCAAAUCACAUGCCUGUGGAAAAUCUAGCCACCAUAUUUGGGCCUUGCAUAUUUCACGUUCCAGCAGGGCCCAGGAUGCUGGARGAGCAGAGUGUGUCCAACGCCCUCUUGCUCCACCUUCUCCGGCAUCAGGCAGUCCUCCUUCCAGGCCCAGCUGAGGUCUCAGCAGCUUCAUCUGCUGCCUCUUCACCUCCCCCUCUUCCUGCGCUGUCUGCUCUGUCUCACUUUGAGGUCCAGUCUAGCAGCUGUGAAUCUGAGCGUGGCACGAGGAGGUUUGAGGAAGAAAUUGCUUCAAUUUCCGGGGACGUUGCUUUUGAACAAAUGAUUCCGAUGCAAUCUAAGCUCCACAGCAUCAAAGACCGCCGCUUCGGAUCCGCCGUCCCGCACAGCCCUGACACACUGGUGCAACAUUGUGAAACGGGCUUUGACGUCAGCGCUGACAUUCAGGCAUCGAUUGCAAACCACGGCGUUCCGGAGAAAAGCGGUGAUUUUACAGRAUCGAGCCGUGCGCUCUCCUGCCCCGCUGACCCGGAGCAACCGCCACCACCACCCAGCCGACCGUCUCAAAGCACGCAGGGGACGUUUUCACAGAUGCCUCGGCUUACAAACACGUCAGAGGAGGAAGAGGAGGAAGGCGCAAAGAAAACUUCUUGUUGUUUGGCUUCUGCAGACACAGGGCAGAGUUCAUCUAUAUUAGACUGCAGAAAAGCAAGUGAAUCACAGAAUCAGGACACAGAGAGCUUUUUGUGCUGCAUCAAGUGCAAGAAUGAAGAUAAAGCCACAGUGCCACAAUGCAAGAAGAACAAAGGAGGAGGAUGCUGCGGUUCUCCUGACCGACAUGACGGUUGCAUAGGCACGAACAUCAGCUCUGACAGUCCAUCCCUCAAGCUUCAAGCCCUGGAGGCUGACUCGGGUCCACCGCUAGACUCGUUAGACCCCCGAGCCCAGGAUAACCUACCUGCUCAGCAGCAACCUCCUCCCAUGGAAGCGCAGCACCUUUAUCAGUCCAGUUUGCCUUUGCCUCCAUCUUUGGAUCUGCACACAGUUGACUCAUCUCAGCCCGUGCACCUUCAGUCACCGUCUUUAUCCGUGUCCAGUCUUGUUCUCUCCGCUGCCGUGUGUUCUGAAGAACUUUCAGAAGAAGAUGCCUCACUGAGUCCACCAGUGACUAACGCCGGUCCGCUCCUCUCUCGCUUCACGCCGGGGGACAGCCCCGUCCCCUCGCCGCGCUGUCCCAGCCUCACCCACAGCCUGCGCUUCAACMUGGACCCUGAAACGGCUCCAUCUCCACCAUGCUCCCAGCACAUUCGCAUUGCUCGCUGCAGUGUCCUUACAGAACCAGAGGAAGGUUCUGCGUCCAUCUCAGUGCUUAACAGACACAUUCACACUCUCAGAAAGAGGAUCCGGCGUUUUGAGGAGCAUUUUGAACAGGAAAGGCACUACAAGCCAGCCCACAAUGAYAAAACUGCACAUCCAGAAGUGGCCAAACUGAUGAAGGAACUCAUCAAGAGUCGCAAACAGCUUAAAGAGAUAAAACUGAGACAGCCACAGGGACUUGGAGGUUUAGGUCCCAGAUCUGAAACAUGCAGAACCAAUAUAGACCAGAGAGAGGCGGGACCCACAGGAACUGAGCUCCAACAGCUCAAUAAUAACACCAACACCAAACCGAACAUAGAGGAAACUGUCAACACGAUAACCAACAGGCUGAAGGAAAGACGGCGGGAGCUGGGCCUGCCUGACAGCAUUAAGGAGAUGUCUAACUUCCAGAUGAGUAUGGAGAAGACCUGCAUGCAGAAGUGUCUGCUGUACUUUGAGGGUCUGCACGGGCGCCCGAGUACCAAGCAGGAACGCACUCUGAUGAAACCUUUUUACGAUCGCUACCGUCUGCUCAAGCAGCUGCUUUCAUCUGCUUUCACAACAGCCAUUACAACCAUUGAAGAAGAGGAGGGCUCCGAUGAAGAGAAUUUCAUACAACGAAGCCCCAAGCAGCAACCGCUUUGGUUGGGAACACCCAAAUGUCUGUCCUUGGAUGAGUCGCAGUUUUCUUCUUCUCUGGAAACAUCGGAAACGCCUCUGGUGUCUCCGCUGGAGGAAGUCAAGGGUGUCCAGUCACAGAUUAUCACRAUGGCAACACUGCAUGAAGCAUCGAGGCAGGAAUUACUGGAUCACCUGAGGACAGUUCGAUUAGAGAAGCGGAGACUUCACCAAGCCCUGCGCGAGUUUGAGGAACAUUUCUACAAUCAGACUGGCAGGCUUUGUCAGAAAGAGGAUCGUGGCCCGAUGGCAGAGGAGUACUGCCAGUACAAGAACCUCAAAGCGAAGCUCCGUCUUCUGGAGGCUCUGCUCAGUAAACAAGACUCAACCAAGACAAGUUGAGUUACUCACAGUGGGAAUUUUAAUACACCUAACAGGACUUCGCUUUUUUUUUACCCCUCAAAAAAAAAAGAGCUUCUAAAGCCAAUUUGCCUUUUAUUCAUGCCAUGCUCAUUGUGUAAAMACACUUUACAUGAAGAAUAUCAAUGGAAAUUCUUUACAGUCUAAAUUUUUUAGAUACUUUAUUUGGUCCAAACAAAAAAGAUUCAAUCUCAUUAUUCAGGACCCUUUUUUUUUAAACCUGUCGCUGUUUGAUGUAGCACAUUUACAUGUCAUGGAUGAAGCACAACAACGUGAUAUUAGUUACGUUUGAGUAAUUCAUGUAAUUAUGGCACUUUGUUUUUCAGCUUUUUACUCUUGCCAAAACAGUCUUUGUCGUUGCUUGAUGUGGUAACUGCAUUUAUUUAAAAAAAAUGCAUAAGCUUAAAUGCAUCCAGUGAGACAAUCUUGCAGUGUUUGUGCAUGUCRGUUUUUUUUAGUCCUACAUUGUGCUAUGAUAUGCAUUCAGGAUUUUAAAGUUAAUCUAAAUUGCGACCAGUCAAUUUAGAUGUUCAUUUCGGAAAAUAUGCAGUGAACGUAGGUGUCGUAGUGCAAGUUAUAUCAGCUGUCAAAUUUGUGUUUACUUCCUGACUUUUUUUUUGAGUAUAUGAAGUAAAUCUCUCCUAAAUGUCUGUGUUGACAAAGAUCUUUUACAUUGUGCACUUCUGGUUUAUAUAGUUUCUAUAUAUUUAUAUAUAUAUAUAUAUAUAUGAAUGUAAUAUUAAAAAUAAAUAUUUUUUCACAUUUA